AAAAGGUCUGAGCAGAAGCUUCAGAGCUUCUCAGCUGGUUUUGUCACGCAGCCACCUAACAGCUGUUGCUUCUGCCACCUCGUCUUAGGGAGGGGGGGAAGCUACAGGAUGCAGCACUCAUACGUUCCUGACAAACUUGUUUGCAGAAAAGUGCCCCGUUCUUAGCAACUGAUGAGGAUGAGAGAUGGCGUGGCGACCUACCUGUAUUUGACAAGUGUGUUUUUCACCUCGUUGGAGAGAAGAGCGCAGAGGGAAAAAGUCUACAAGAGGGAACAGGGGAGGGGAGAGCCAGCCGGGAAAGGUGCGAGCCAAACGCUUAGAGGGGAGAAAGAAAUGACUCGCAGAGCGGUGAGAAGAGACUGAGUGAUCGCUGGCAGACAAAAGAAGAAGGGAGGACCAAAUCAUUUCUAAAAUAAUCACACGGAUUUGGUCAUACGCUCUUUUAGUUCUGGAGCGUUGCGUUUCAUCGGAGCCGACAAGGGUAACCAGCUCGUCUUAAUGGGGUCACAAAGAGGUGACUGACAACUAUAAGAAAAUCUAUUAACGAAGGACAAUGGAUCUCCAAAACAGCACUUUUGGCAAUACGUCACACGCUCACAGCCUUUGGGAGGUCAUAACCAUCGCUUCAGUGUCAGCCAUCGUCAGCCUUAUAACUAUAGUUGGAAACGUAUUGGUGCUGCUGUCGUUCAAAGUAAACAGCCAGCUGAAGACGGUAAACAACUACUACCUGCUCAGUCUGGCCUUCGCAGACCUCAUCAUAGGAGUCCUGUCCAUGAACUUAUACACCACGUACAUAUUGAUGGGCUACUGGUCGUUGGGGAACAUCGCAUGCGAUCUCUGGCUGGCAGUGGAUUAUGUGGCCAGCAAUGCUUCAGUCAUGAACUUGCUUGUGAUCAGCUUUGACAGAUACUUUUCCAUCACAAGGCCGCUGACUUAUAGGGCAAAGCGGACUCCGAAGAGAGCCGCCAUUAUGAUCGGCAUGGCUUGGCUGGUGUCUUUUGUCCUUUGGGCACCACCCAUUCUUUGCUGGCAGUACUUUGUGGGAGAGAGAAAAGUUCCCCUCGACCAGUGCCAGAUCCAGUUUUUAACCGAGCCCGUGAUCACAUUUGGGACGGCAAUCGCUGCUUUCUACAUCCCCGUCUCGGUUAUGACCAUCCUCUACUGCAGAAUCUACAAGGAGACGCAAAGACGGACAAAGGACCUCGCAGAGCUUCAAGGGCUCACAACGGGGAACGUGCCAGAAGGGACUAAACCACAGAAAACAAUCAUCCGUUCUUGCUUUCAUUUCCCCAGGGAAAGAAGAGACCAGAGUCAGGCCUCCUGGUCCUCUUCAAAUCAAAGUAAUGUUACUAAAAUGACCACCAGGUCAGACGAAGCAUGGGCAAAAGCAGAUCAGAUUACGUCUUUUAACAGCUACACGUCAUCAGAGGAGGAGGAGCAUCACGUUUCAAUAGAAACCCCACAAGGAUCGUUCAGAGAACAGCAGGUUGGACAAACUAACAAGAACGGGGAGGUUCUGGAUUUUACCGAGGAGGAGUAUUGUUCCACUCCACAGAAGAAGAACCAUAAAAGCUUGAUCUCUUACAAGUUCAAACACAGCUCAAAGAGUCAAAACGACAAUCCAGAAAGUCCAAAGCCGUGCCCUCCAGAGCCCGAGCGGCCGGCCAAAAAGGCCUCCACCUCUUCAUCCUCCACCACCUCAAAGCCCAUAGACUCCGCUCUGAAGAACCAGAUCACCAAGAGGAAAAGGAUGGUGCUUGUGAAGGAGAAGAAGGCAGCCCAGACCCUCAGUGCCAUCCUGCUGGCCUUCAUCCUCACAUGGACGCCGUACAACAUCAUGGUCCUCAUCUCCACCUUCUGCGUUGACUGCAUCCCUCUGUCCCUCUGGCACUUGGGCUACUGGCUGUGCUACGUGAACAGCACCAUCAACCCCAUGUGCUACGCUCUUUGCAACAAGACCUUCCAGAAGACCUUCCGCAUGCUUCUGCUCUGCCAGUGGAGGAGGAGGAGGCGGGGCAAGGACAAGCUGUGCUGGAGCGCCCAGAAUCCAAACGUCAACAGUAAAAUGAACUGACGCGGUGGUUAGCGGUUCUUUAGCCGCACGGCGUCUGUCGAUGUUUGCCGGUGUUCAUCAGCAGCGUGAUGUGCUGCAGGUGGUUUUUGUAUUUAAUAAAUGUUGGUAGAAAAUGAGCAGGGGUCAAAACGACUGAAAGGAAAGGUUACUCAGCAUCCUCCACACACAAAGAUGUGUAAAAAAAAAAAAAAAGAUCUUUUAAAGCAAUAGUGUAAUCUCACAUUGGUAAUUUUAGAAAAAUUCAACCUUUUAUUUAAGUGCAUUCGUUUUUA